AUGAAAAUCAAAGCACUUUCUCGGUCGACUGCAUCGCAGCAGGCCCCCGGGUCUUCUACUGUUCGCCAGGCGCGGAAUCUGGACCCGACCCAGCAUCCUUUUGAAAGGGCCCGUGAAUAUACUCGUGCCCUCAAUGCAAUCAAAAUGGAGCGCAUGUUUGCUGCGCCUUUCCUCGGACAGAUGGGCAACGGUCAUGUUGACGGUGUCUACACUAUGGCAAAGGAUCCCGGUUCGCUUAACCGCUUCGCAAGUGGCAGUGGCGACGGUGUGGUGAAGGUGUGGGAUUUGCCCACACAGGGUGAAGUCUGGGAGACCCAGGGUCACGAAAAUAUGGUCAAGGGUCUAUGCUGGACACCGGAGCGGAAACUUUUGUCAUGCGCAAGUGACAAGACGAUCAAGUUAUGGGAUCCUUACAACUCGUCCAACGAGGCCCCACCGAUGGCAACCUAUCUCGGAAACAGCGCUUUCACCAGUGUGACGCACCACCGAACCAUGCCCUCAUUUGCUGCUGCCUCUGGUGUCAUCUCUAUCUAUGAUCUUUCGCGACCAUCCUCCACCCCGUCACAAACCCUACACUGGCCUACUAGCGUUGACACCAUCACCUCGGUUGCUUUCAAUCAGACUGAGACAUCAAUUCUGGCUUCCACUGCCCUCGAUCGCUCGGUGAUCAUGUACGAUUUAAGGACCUCCCAACCGGUGCACAAGACAAUUCUCAGGUUGGCAUCGAAUGCUAUCUCUUGGAACCCCAUGGAGGCUUUCAACUUUGCAGUUGCCAAUGAGGACCACAACGCCUACAUCUUUGAUAUGAGAAAGAUGGACCGCGCUUUGAACGUUCUGAAGGAUCACGUGGCUGCUGUGAUGGACGUCGACUUCAGCCCUACUGGUGAAGAACUUGUUACUGCCUCUUACGAUCGCACAAUCCGCCUGUGGAACAGGUCAACAGGACACUCGCGUGAUAUUUACCACACUAAACGCAUGCAGCGCGUUUUCUCGGCAACCUUCACACCUGACAACAAGUACGUCUUGUCCGGAUCGGAUGACGGAAAUGUUCGUCUCUGGCGUUCCACGGCAUCCGACCGCAGCGGAAUCAAGAGUGCUCGUCAACGAUCCAAGCUAGAAUACGAUCAGGCCCUGAUCAAGCGCUACUCACACAUGCCCCAAAUCAAACGCAUCAAGCGCCAGCGUCAUGUGCCCAAGCCUAUCAAGAAGGCUGGCGAAAUCAAGCGCGAGGAGCUCAAUGCUAUUAAGAGGCGUGAGGAGAAUGUGCGCAAGCAUACUAAGAAGAGCGAGCUGAAGCCCAGAACCCACGAACGUGAGAAGAUGAUUCUCACCAGCGAGCAAUAA